GGUUGUGUCGCGUCUGUGACGUACAGCGGGAAAUUUGAACGUGUGUGUUGACAUUCGAAAGCGGAUUGUUUGUGAAUUAGUGUCGAUUUUAUUUAUGUGUUAUGGGAUUCACGAUGAAUUAAUAUGAAAAAUAAAAGGGGAAGCAAUGAAAAAAUACCUCAAAUUCAAAGUGAAGUGAACAUCGCGCUAAAAAUGUGGUAGAGUUUUGCAGAAUGGAUACACUGGGAGUGACGUCUUUGCUAAGUCUCAUCUUCUGCUGUUACCUCAGUCUAGUAGAAGGCGGGCUAAGCGAUGAUUCAAUGAGUGGGGAGGCUCCUUACAUCAUAGAACAGCCCCUGGACGUCACCGUGGCACGUCAUCAGCCAGCGACGUUAAAUUGUCGAGCAGGCGGAUCACCACCUCCCACCAUAAGAUGGUACAAAGGUGGUGCUUUAGUAGUAUCUGAUACACACAGAAGUCUGUUGCCAGCUGGUGGCUUGUUCUUUCUGAGAGCGACUCAUGGCAGAGCACACUCAGAUGCCGGAGUUUACUGGUGUGAAGCAACCAAUCCUUAUGGUACAGCGAGGAGUAGAAAUGCCAGUCUACACGUCGCAGUGCUUCGUGAAGAAUUCAGAUUAGAACCAGCUUCUACACAAACAGCACAAGGAGAGACUGUUAUUUUGGAGUGUUCGCCACCCAGAGGGGCUCCGGAACCUAAUGUUUAUUGGAAGAAAAAUGGCCAAAUUCUUCAUUUUGAUGGUGAUUCUAGAAUGCAUUUAGUGGAUGGUGGAAGUCUCGUAAUUCAAGAUGCGAGGCAAACCGAUGCUGGACGUUACCAAUGCAUUGCAAGGAAUGCAGCGGGUACAAGAGAAUCUGCAGUUGCCACGCUCAAAAUACACAUUAAACCGUACUUAAUCACGGGUCCCGAGGAUGUCGUGGCGCAUACUGGUAGCAGCGUGACGUUCCAAUGCCGGGUGGGUGGAGACCCUCUUCCCGAUGUGCUGUGGCGGCGCACCGCUGGAGAUAGAAACAUGCCCCUCGGCCGCGUCAAAGUGCUGGAUGAUAGGAGUCUGAGGCUUGACAUGGUGAAUUUGUUAGACGAGGGCGAAUACAUUUGUGAGGCUGAAAACACAGUCGGUGCUGUUAGUGCUAGUGGAUAUUUAACUGUAUACGAAUCGCCGUCAAUAAAGUUAAGGCCAGAUAUUAUUCAUGCGGAAAGUGGCGCAGUGGUUCAUUUCGAAUGCUUGUCAUUUGGCAGGCCUGAUCCAACUAUAUUUUGGAGUUUAGAAGGCAACAGGACCAUCCUAUUACCUGGUACCACCCGGGGAAAGUAUCAUGCUUAUGAAUUUUCACCAGGAGUAAUCAGAUUGACUAUCAAUGGUACAAAUAAAAAUGAUAGUGGACAUUCCAUAGUUUGUUCUACGGUUAACUUAGCCGGCAGUUCGUUUGCCAGAGCGAAACUAAUCGUGACGUCAGACGAUGACCGCCCACCGCCAAUCAUAACAAACGGACCCUCUAACCAAACGUUACCUAUAAAAUCGAUGGCAGUUUUCCCCUGCACAGCGAUCGGCACACCUGAACCAAUCAUUGCUUGGUAUUUCGAAGGGGAAGCAUUAAUACAAAAUCAUAGAAGGAAUGUCUCUAAUGAUGGGACCCUCAUUCUAAAGGAUUUGGAUAAAACAGAUAGCGGCACAUACACAUGCGUUGCUUCAUCCCAAAAUGGAAAGUAUGUAUGGAGUGGUGUCCUACUUGUGGAUAGUCCAAUCAAUCCUAACAUACACUUUUUCCGAGCUGCAGACGCGUCAGCUUUACCCGGCCCACCAACAAAACCUCAGAUUUUCAAUGUAACAGACACUAGUGUAACAAUAACAUGGAAUCAGAAUAAUAAAAUUGGAUCAUCCUCUAUCUUAGGAUACCAAGUUGAAGUAUUUUCUAGAGAAACUUUAUUGGGAAACAAUACGCCGAGAAACUCUCGAGGAUGGGUACCUAUUGCAAAGAAAGUGCACCAAACACAUUAUACAGCUAAAUCGCUACUACCGGGAGUUACUUACAUGUUUAUAGUUCGAGCCGAAAACUCGCAUGGAUUGUCUGCUCCGAGCCCGGUAUCUGACGCGGCUCAUGUUGUUGAAGAAACAAAAUAUUCUUUGUGGGAAACUGGAGCGUACUCUAACAAUUCGGAAUUCAGAAGCAACAUUUUGACUGAUAACGUCGUAGAGUUAAUUGAAGCUACACCAAUUGAUGCAAGAACAAUAAAGCUCAUGUGGGAAAUACUGAACUUCUAUUCCUUGGAGGGAUUAUUCAUAUAUUACAAACCUCUAGAUAAUAUCACAACCGAAUACGAGAUGAAAACUAUUCUACAUUCCAACGACGUAUCUGGAUAUGAAAUAACUUCUUUGAGAAAAUAUACAAAAUACGAGUUUUUCCUCAUUCCUUUUUAUAAGGGAUUUGAAGGAAAGCCGUCCAAUUCUAGGGUGGCUCAAACUUUGGAUGAUGCACCGGAUGGUCCGCCAGUUAAUAUUGAAUUGUUUAUUUUGAAUACAACUACUGUGCACUUGAAAUGGUCACCGCCAGAGCUGCAUUUACAGAACGGUGUUAUAACAGGCUAUAAUGUCAUUGUGAACUGGUUGGACAUUCCCGCUAACAAAUCUAUGGUCGCAAUAAAUACCACUGUGCAUCACGCUACGAGCCUUAUAAUGACAAACUUAACUUCAGGAGUUAGUUACUCCGUACAGAUUGCAGCAGAAACCAUUGUGGGACUUGGUCCUUACAGCCAAAAAGUUUAUCUCAAUAUCGACUCUCGUUCAAUUGGACUUGAUCCCUUGUCAAGAUAUCCAAUGAACGGGGAGGUGUCUAUAGUCGCUGGGGACUUUGUAAUGGAAACAUGGUUUUACUUUUUGAUUGGAGCAAUCGUACUGUUCAAAAUAAUUGUGAUUGGCGGCAUAAUUUAUGUUCGGAAAAAUAAUAUAUUUGCUAAGAAAUCUGCGUUGCCCAACAUUUACGAUUCCAACGGCACGAGUUUAGUCACACAGAUGAACAUUAAAGCCGCGGUGUCUUUGUCACAUCCGCUUAGUAGUUGUUACAACAAGAAUACUGUGACUAAAACUGAGUCAUUACUUUGGAUGGAGAAUCAACCGGGACUAUGUAUGUCUAGUAAUCAAUCUAAUCAGAGUAAAGAGAAAGUUAAUUCGGAAUACGAUAAAGUGACUCAACAAUUGCCUGAAUAUGCAGAGGUGACAUCGGCGCGAGCCAACGCAAAUGACUGGAAUACAAGCAAGACGGCGAAUUCUCCAGCAGCUUAUGCGUCCGUUACUCUGGUUGCUAACACUAGACAGUGUGUCAGUUCACUGGGAUGGUUUCCGCCGGGAGGAAAGAAUGUCGAUACUUUCGAUAACCGAUACGCACCUGACGAAGAACUAUAUCCAGCCAGCAAUGGUGGAUAUUACAAUCGCAAUGUCUAUAGUGAAAAAUACUUCCAAGGACAUCCGCAUCCAAACGUUUUAAAAUUCUAUGACUUGCCGUCAUUAGAUAAAACACAAAAGGUCCAACUAAGAUACAAUCAAAGUCUAGAUGAAAGAAAAGGAGACAAGACAAAGACAGAAGUAACUCAGUCACUAAUAGGGCGGACUUACGGAGUCAAUUCCAGGAAAAAUUCUGAAACUGAGACAACUUAUAGAGCGUUUGGAGAAGAUGAGUCAGAUGAAGAAUCUUAUGCAGAAGAUGGGGGUUAUGAUGAAUUGCAGGCUAUGCAGUCACGCAGGCAGAGGCCACAGCAUCAGUAUGAGAGGCCUAAUUUCGAUAACGAUGGGACUAGGACCAUAGCUCGAUUAACUUCAUUCAGGCAUGGGCAAGGGAGUUUAGGAGCACCUUCUCAGCAAUCACUAGCUCCGACACACCCUCCCCCCACCCCUCAAACACGAGUGGACUCCGUGACGCGGUAGUAUCACGCUCUGCCGGUUUUCGGCGACCUGUGCCAAACGGACGUAUAGACCGAAGUUUCUUAUAGUGUAGUGACGUCAAAAAGAAAGAUCGCAGUUCUUCCUCACGUUGUACAGAUCGUCAUGUGUAAAGAACCCUUUUUUAUAAUUUUCACAAUGUUUUAAGACUGAACUCUAUUUUUAUGUGGGAACUGAAUUAAUGAACGAAAUUAGGCCUAAUAGCCGCGGUCUAAAAGUGUCGCACAAUACAAGUGAUUGAUUUAUACUUUCAUAUUUAAUAUAUUUUAUUUUGUAACAUUUACGACUAGUCUUUGUAUAGCUGUAACUAAAAUAAGGAUACAAGAAGACAAAGUGAAGAAAUAAACAAACAUCUAAGUAGUUUUAUUUCUAUGAGGUAUUUGUUUUGUUUCAGAUAGUAUUAUAAUACUAUUAUAAUGAUUUCUUGUGAUCAAU